UACAAGUGCAUUGUGCUUAAUUGAAAGAGUGAAAUGGGGAUGCUGAUGAAGAGCAUUGGAAGGCAAUUAAUCUGCUGUUGUGUGCUUUUGCAUGUUCUUGUCGCUAGAGGUGAGAGUCUAGAGGCACCAGAGUUUAAGAAAAACUGCACCUACGUGAUCACCAUAGAAACCACAUGCACAUGGGGAGCUGAGACAUCAAACCUAGUGAGCCUAAGGUUUGGGGACACAAAUUCAAAUGCCAUAUUGGUGAGGCACCUAAACUCCAAGCACCUAAGGAAAGUUGAUCCAUUGGAGCCAGAGGUUCUUGAUGACAUGCCAAGGAAACCAUUCCAAGCAUGCAUGGUGGACCAAUUUGAGGUCACAGCACCAUGUGUUAACUCCCCCAUUUGUUACUUGUUCCUCAAGCUAAUUGGAAACGAUGAUUGGAGACCAGGUUUUGCACAAAUUCAGGUUCUUGAAGGCUCACAUCUUAGCUCUGAUUACUUCUAUUUUAGAAGAUUUGUGCCUAGACAUGUGUGGCAUGGUUCGGAUGUGUGUGAUAGUGAGGUUACGCCCUUUGGACUCAAGAAGAAGAGAAAUGCCUAUGUGAACAUUCCAUGAGUCUAGUAAUGUAUAAAAAAAAAUUAAUUUUAUUUUUGAUAUUUCUUUUGAAUAAGUAAAGAAAGAAAUAUCUGUUCUUCUUCUUGAUAUGUAAAUUAGCUGAAUACUGAAUAGUGUCUUAAAAGUUACGGGAUAUGUAGUGUUGGACAAUGUAAGUUACAUAUUAAUAACGUAAUAUAUAAAUUAGACCGUGUAAAGGAAA